GUUAUUCUAGGGGUAGUGGCUUAUGGUUUGGCCCGCCUCCGAGCCAUCGGUGAGUGCGGGCCUCCCUCGGCUGAGGGUGGAUAGGCCCGAGACCAGAGAGUUCUCCUUUCUUAUGAGCCUGACCCCGUGCCCUUCGCCGAGGUGGCCUCGCUGGGAGUUUCAGGGGCCCCAAGUCCCCGGCCUCGCGGCUUUUGCCUUUCCCUGGUCUUUGAACUCCUCUGCAGUGAAACAAAGCCUCUGCCGCGACCAUUCCCCUCGGAGACGUUCGCCCAGUUCGGAGAAAGCUGGCUGCUGUUGCUUUUCAGGGUUGUAUUCACGUAAUACGACUGGGAGCUGGAAGGGACCUUGGAGAUCGGCGGCGGCGGCAAGGCUAGCCGCCUGAUUUUACUGGAAAAGGCUUGGUCGCCAUGUCAAUAGUCACAAUUCAACUUGGUCAGUGUGGCAAUCAGAUUGGUUAUGAAGUAUUUGAUGCCAUAUGCAGAGACUUAAAUAAUACCCAAGGAUUCUGCUCUAAGAGGGAGAAUGAAGCAUAUCAGGCAUCUUGCAAAGAACAUUUCUUUAAUGAGGAGAAAAGUGGAGUUCCAGUUGCCCGAGCAUUGCUUAUUGACAUGGAACCCAAAGUGAUCAGUCAAACACUAUUAAAAGCUGCCCAUUCUGGCAGAUGGAAGUAUGGCCAACACUCAUAUUUCUGUCAAAAACAAGGUUCUGGAAAUAAUUGGGCAUAUGGUUAUAGUGUUCAUGGGCCCAAGCAUGAAGAAUCUAUCAUGAAUCUAAUUCAGAAGGAAGUAGAGAAAUAUGAUUCUCUAAGAGGAUUUUCUACUAUAAUGAGUAUGGCAGGAGGCACAGGAUCUGGUUUGGGAGCCUUCCUCACACAGAACUUGAGAGAUGCUUAUCCAAAUUCUUUUAUAAUAAAUCAGGUUAUUUGGCCCUAUGGAACUGGUGAGGUAAUUGUCCAGAACUACAACUCAAUUUUGACUCUUUCUCAUCUGUAUCGAUCUUCAGAUGCGCUUCUUGUUCAUGAAAAUGAUGUGGUACAUAAGAUAUGUGCUAAACUGAUGAACAUCAAACAGAUCUCCUUCAGAGAUGUAAAUCAAGUCAUUGCCCAUCAGUUGGGAAGUGUAUUCCAACCUACCUACUCUUCAGAAGGCUCCUUUCAGUACCGAAGAAACCCAUUAGGAGACUUGAUGGCAAGCUUGGUUCCACACCCUGAAUUCAAGAUGCUGGGUCUCCGUAACAUUCCUCAAAUGUCUGAAAACUCAUUGGCAUACACCACCUUUGCUUGGACUGGAUUGCUCAAGCAUUUAAGACAGAUGCUCAUUUCUAAUGCUAAAAUGGAAGAAGGUAUUGAUUGGCAAGUCCGACCACCUUUGUCAGGACUUCCUGCCCUUGAGAAGGUCUCUGCCAACAAGGAGCCCCAUUUUAACACUUCCAUAGCCAACUUGGUCAUCCUGCGUGGUAAAGAUGUGCACAGUGCAGACCUAGGGGGUUUUAAAGAUUCAGCCUUAUACACUUCCUGGCUCCAGCCUAGUGAUGCCUUCAGUGAAUGGAGAACACACCGAGCCUUUAACAAAUAUGAGAAAUCAGCUACUUUGGUCAGCAAUAGUCAAUUUUUACUAAAACCACUUGAUACCAUCAUAGGCAAAGCUUGGAACAUGUUUGCUUCAAAAGCCUAUGUUCACCAGUAUACAAAGUUUGGAAUUGAAGAGGAAGACUUUUUAGACAGCUUCACGGUAUUGGAACAGGUGGUCGCCAGUUACUGUAAUCUUUGAUCUUAAAAUAAGUUGACUUUCGGUGGAAGAAAGUAUCUCUGAAUACUUCUGGAUUGAAAUAUUUAUAAACCAUGUUCUCUAUCACGUUUCAAAAUCCUAUUUUGCUAACUCAUCAGAUUGGAAUUCAGAUUGUAGUUUGUAAAUAGAGGAAAGUAGGAGCCUUUUUACCAGAGGAAAAACUUUUUUCAAUAAAAACAUCCCCUUUUUGAUGAAUUGCUUAUUAAUUUAAAAGGAAAAUAGAUGCUUUUAUAAAAUACCUUGGUGAAAAAUUGUCACGAUGGGUGCUAUUAUAAGUGGUACUUUGAUUCUAAAAAUUACGAGGAAAAAGUAUAUUUUAUCUUUUCUGACAAUUAAAGUAAUCUCUUUCAACUAUUAGUUUGUCCUGGAAACUUAACUAUUUAGUCAGAAACAUUUACUACACAUGAACCUGACUAAUGACAGUGCUGGAUAUUUAAUUGUGCUUAAACUGGAAUUCUAGAAUAGAGGUAAUCUCGAGUCAAUGAAUACUUUAUGCCACAGGAGGGCACUGUUGUCAAACGCUUGAAUCGAAUAUUUGCGGGCUUACGUAAGUUUUUCACUUAAGUGGAUCAGAUUAAAGCUUGUGUUUCAAAGUAAA